AUGUGUGGACUGACAAAAAGCUGUCCCAUCAGUCUAUCGUUAUUAAAAGUAGUCUCUUCUGUUUUGGCAGAUGAGGAAGCAUCUCUAGCAGAUGCGGAAGGAGCGUUCAUGCAGGCAUUACAAGCUCGGAAGAAGAACACCAGCACUGAGCUGACUAUUGAGCCAGAGAAACCAAAUGCAGACCAAAAUGGCGUCAGUUUGUCAACUUUCAUGAAUGAACAGCUCGACUUUAACGAUGAAACUGAUGUUAUUGCUGCACUGAAUUAUAUAUUGCCUUAUUUCUCAGAGGGAAAGCUAGAAGAUGUAGAAUCAAUAUUAUUACCAUUCAUUAAACUGCUUUUGUCAAAUGUACAAGAAGGAAAUAAUCCCCUGACUUUGAAAAACAAUACAGGGAGCCUGUCUCUUAAACAUGUAUCCAACAAUAUUGGAUAUGGCCCAGCCGUGGGAAAACAGCCUGGCAAAGAUUCAGAAAGCAAGUGUAGAAAAAAGGUGGAGACACUGAACAGAGACAUCAAGGGGGCUAAAGGACUUCUGGAAAAUGCACUUCCAAGAAAAGGGGAAAAGGGAGCAUCAAGAGGAAAAUGGGGUGCCCAGCCGUUUGUGGAGAAUACUGACAAAGAAAGCAAGCCCAGGAGGCCAACCCCAAGGGAGCUGGGACAACAUCACAUGGUGCGGAAGCCAAGGAAGUUAGAGGGAAACUCCUUCGAUGCUGAGCCAUUCAUAAAGGAACAUAAGGCAGCAAUCUCUUCUCCCCUGAAACAAUACUUGAUGGGCAGGCCUUCUACCUCCAUCCCUACAAGAACCCGACCUGAAGUUAGAAAUAUCGAAGACUUAUCCUACACCCUUUUUGUUUUAGAAGAUGAUGCUAGAGUUAAAAACAUGAAGGCUCCUAAACCAAUCUCAUAUUCUAGGAAUAAUUACCUCUUUCCUAAAGUUCGCUCUCACGCAGUCCACAGGCCACUCAAGGCCAGACCAAGUCAAAAGUUCAGAAAGAAAGGUGCACUCAAUAGACUUAUGCUUGGAAAGAGACCUCCUUUCUCUGCAGUGAGGAGCCUCAUAAAUUCCCCUGCACAAAAGGCUUUUUCAUCUUCAGGGGAACUAAGGCAACUAAUGUUAAUGGUUAAACGAACCAAUGAAACACAAUGGGAAUACCAUAACUUGGGCACUGACUUAUCCUCCAAGCCCAAAGGCUCCACUCUGCGUUUCCUCCCAUCCCCGGGUGAUAAAUUUGAAACUCAGCUAAACCAGCAGCUACGGUCUCUCAUCCCUAACAACGAUGUGAGAAGGCUCAUUUCUCAUGUUAUCCGGACUUUGAAAAUGGACUGCUCUGAGCCCCGUGUUCAACUGGCCUGUGCAAAGCUCAUCUCCAGAACAGGCCUCCUGAUGAAGCUUCUCAGUGAGCAGCAGGAAGUAAAGGUGUCCAAGGCAGAGUGGGAUACAGACCAGUGGAAAACUGAGAACUACAUCAAUGAGAGCACAGAAGUCCAGAGUGAACAAAAAGAGCAAGGGUCCAGGGAGCUCACAAAGGAGGUUCCAGGAUAUGGCUAUAACAACAAACUCAUCUUGGCAAUAGCUGUCACUGUGGUAGUGAUGAUUUUGAUUAUAAUUUUCUGUCUCAUUGAGGUAAGGACAAUUAAUUCAGGUUUCCAGAAUACAUCCUGUCUUUAUAAUCGAUUUAGAACUCACAAACCAAAAAUUAAGGCACUUUCCCACCUACUAUACUUGACAUUCCUUUUUACAUCAGAGGAAGAUAUUGAAAAAGCCCCAAGGGGCUUUUUGCAUUUUCUGCUGCAAAGGAGAUGUGCAUCAGAAGAUGAGAGUGAGGAGGGAUUUUUCUGGAAAAGGCGGCCACUUUGGCUUAGGGAUAUGUAUAGACCUCUCAACGCCACACACAAGAAAAACAUGGCACAGAAGCUACACGACAAGGACUCUUCUGAUGAGGAUGAGAUUUUCAACAAAAAUAGAGGGGUGUCCAGCACCUCAGCAGAGAAGACUACGGGGACUAGAGAGACGACCGAAGAGCCGGGUGAGGAGAGUGAGACAGCGGAGGAGACCACCACUGAGGCCCCCCUGAGGAGCUGGGGAAAAUGUGGAAGUGUUGGACACCCUCACCUGGAAAGUAAGUAG